UCUCUCUCUCUCUCUCUCUCUCAUCUCAUCUCCAUUCUCCCCAUUGGAAGCAGAAAGCAUGAGUUACGAAAAAGUCCCUCCCGAAUCCUACCCUCCGCCAGGUUACGCGAAUCCUUAUCAUCCGCCGCCAGGCUAUCCUGCCCCGCCUCCACCACCAGGGGGAUAUGGAAACUAUCCUCCACCGCCUCCUGGAUAUCAGGCAUACUUCCAGGAUGGGUAUCCUCCACCACCAAGUCAACAACAACAUCAUCAUCAUCAUCACCAUUCUCCUCCUCCUCCUCCGCAGUACUAUCAGCAGCAAGAUGAUUCUGGUUGUGGUUGUGGCUCUUUCCUACGUGGAUGUUUGGCUGCGCUUUGCUGCUGCUGCGUGUUGGAGGAGUGCUGCUUCUAGGCUGCUUUCACGUGUCCAUUGUGUGGGGUUUUAUGCAUGUACUCUUUCACGUCCUUCUGGUUUAGCUCCCUUCUGUUAUGCCAAUAUAUUAUAGCUGGAUUUGGUUUGAUUAAACUUAUCGUGGUACGUCUUCUGAUUUUCCAUUUUGUGAACUGUUUGUAUAUCUCAAAUCCUUGUGUGACAUUUUCUAAUAGUGAAGAACAGAUGACUAUUUGCUAUCUUC